UUGAAUCGACAAGUGGGACAAGUUCACUUCCUGUGAUAUGAAAACUUCCUAAAUGUUCCAACAGAAGCGUUAAAAAUAUUGAAAUGCCCGAGCAAAUAAGCGUCUCGGACUUUCUACAAGAAACAUGGGACGACUACAAAUCUCCGACGACAUCGUCUUUCACGAAAAGGUUGUCGCAGUGUCGAAACACAGUGAACACAUUAGAGGAAAAAUUAGAUGUAGACAGAAGCAGUGUGUCAAAGAUGAAGAAGUCAGUCAAAGCUUUAUACAACUCCAUCAAAAAGCAUGUAGAAAAUGAAGAAACUUUAGCUGAGAACAUUGAACAUGUUGGAGAAAGUCAGUUGGAACAAGAACCUUGUGUCGAUGAUGCAUUUAACAAAUUUUCUACAGUCACCAAAGAAUUGUCAGGUUCUAUGAAUGAAUUGGUAUCCAAGUUACACAGUAUGCUGUUAUUUCCUCUUGACACAUUCCUCAAAAAUGACUUAAAAGGUGUGAAAGGUGACCUGAGGAAACCCUUAGAUAAAACCUGGAAAGACUAUGAAACUAAAUUUUCAAAGAUAGAGAAAGAGAAGAGACAAUUGGCAAAAGAAGUUGGAAUGACAAGGGAGACAAUCACAGGAGCAGAGAUUGCUGAAGAAAUGGAAAAAGAAAGAAAAGUAUUUCAACUUCAGUUGUGUGAGUACUUAAUACGAGUGAAUGAAAUCAAGACAAAGAAAGGUGUGGACUUGCUGCUGCAUUUAGUAGACUACUAUCGUGCAUUGACAAUGUUCUUCCAAGAAGGACUUAAAACCAUUAAUCACUUCCAGUCGUUCAUAGAUAAGCUAGUUCAUCAACUAGAGACAAUCAAACGCACCCAGAAUCAGGAAAGGAAUGAGCUUGUCAAACUCAGGGAUGCCCUUAAAGGUUCAAUGGCAUCCUAUAAGGAACCUGCAGCCAAUAAAGUAUCAAGUGGGUAUUCCCUUCACCAGUUACAAGGCAAUAAAAUGCAUGGUUUUGAGAAGGAGGGAAACCUACUUAAAAAGAGUGAGGGAAGAAUGAAGAGAAUAUGGCAGAAGAGAAAAUGUAGGAUUGUCAAUGGUAUAAUGUCAAUAGGUCAUUCUGAUGAGAGUAAAGACCCGGUGAAACUAAAUCUACUUACUUGCCAGGUUAAGUUAGUUCAUGAUGAUCCUGGUAAAAAGUGUUUUGAUCUAGUCUCUCAAAACAGAACUUAUCAUUUCCAAGCUGAGGAUGAGGAUAGUAUGAAAGAGUGGAUAUCUGUUUUAAAUAAUGCCAAAGAACAAGUAUUAAUGAAAGCUUUUCACGACAACACAAAUUCUCCCUGUAUAAACCAAAAUGUUAAAGAACUGACAGGGAGUAUUCUACAAAUUGUUAAAAGGUUGCCUGGCAACAACGUCUGCUGUGACUGCAAUGCAAAAGAUCCCGAGUGGCUGUCAACAAAUUUAGGUGUAUUAAUCUGUUUAGAAUGCUGUGGUAUCCACAGACAGUUAGGUGUACAUAUUUCUAGAACUCAGAGUAUUGUUAUAGAUGAAUUAGGAACCUCACAAUUACUGCUGGCCAGAGUGGUAGGGAACCAAAACUUUAAUGAAAUAGUGGAAGCUAAAGUAGAUUCUUCUAUGAAACUGAAACCUUCUAGUCCUAUGGAAGAAAGACUCCAUUAUAUUAAGGCUAAAUAUGAACAACAUAAAUAUGUAAUAAUAACCAGCACAGACAAGGAAGACCUUAAACAGGACUUAAAGCAGGCAAUAAUACAGCAAGAUAUAGGAGCUUUAAUUCAGGUCUAUGCAGAGGGAGCUGAUCUAAUGACAGAACUGCCAGAUGAUGAAAAUUCAGGGACAGCACUUCACUUAGCAAUAGAGAAAGAAGAUGGGUACUCAUUGCAUAUCGUAGACUUCAUUGUACAGAAUAGUCAUUUAGCUAGUUUAGGUCAUAAAAACAAACAAGGCAAUACCGUUUUACAUUUGUGUUCAUUGUUAAAUAAAACCGAGUGUAUGAAACUGAUUCUACGCACCCAGCCUGAGCUUGCCAAUGUAGAAAACAACGAUAGUCAGACACCACUGGAUAUUGCUAAGGAGAAUAAUCACGAGAAUUGUAUUGAUUUGUUGAAAGCAGCUUUACAAGGCAGGAAGGAUGUGUUUGGCAAUGUCAAUGUUGACUGGGAUCUAACAUAUGAAGAACAUUUUGGUGAAGACCAAGGCUACAGUGAUGAUGAUCUUGAGAGUACACCAGAAAGGAAUAGUAAAAAUAGGUCACGACCACCUAGUUUAGUCACUGGUGCUAGUACAUUAGAAUUAACAAGCAACCAAAAGGAAGGUUUAGAUGCAAGAGAUCGUGCUUUAUCACAAUCACAGGCUUUAUACAUGAAACCCAAAAAGUUUACCCAUACUAGACAAAGGAGCAGUAUAAGGAGUAAUUUUGCCGUGAAUAAUGCAAAUUUGGCAAAUAUCACAGCUUCUCAGCCAAACUUAGCCAUGAAUUCUUCAACCAAUCAUCAUGAUUCUCUACAGUCACAUGACAAGAUAUCACCAAGUGGUAAUGGCCCACCCCUGCCACCAAGAAUGAAGAAACCUCCACCACCGCCACCAAGUGACAAAAAGCAUGCAAGAAACAAAUCUGAGCCUUUCCCUGCAGAGGUCAUUCAUAGGCGGUCAAUCUCUGACCCACCAUCUAGACCUCCACCUCCAGAGUUUAGGAAAACGAUUGCUUUAUCAUCUAGACCCUCACCACCUCCAGACAUAGAUAAAACAGGAAUAGGAGGGACCCCUUCACCAAGACCAAGGGCCAAGUCCAACAGUGAUGACUCCAAGUCAUCAGGGACAGAAACACCGCCAUUACCAUUACCUCGCAAGAUUGUUGAGCAUCAGAAUGAAUUGAAGAAGACACCAGUUGGUCAGAAGUUUCAGGCAUUAUUUGAUUGUGAUGCAGACAAUGAUGAUGAAUUGACUUUUGCAGAAGGGGAGAUAAUCCUUGUAUUGAGAGAAGAGGAAGAUGAUUGGUGGGAAGGAGAGAUAGAAGGUCAUCCAGAGAGAAGAGGACUUUUCCCCAAAACUUUUGUACAACCAAUGUCCUAGCAUCAGUAUCACUUUGGUGUAUAUUAUUUAGAUAUACUUAGGUAGUGCUUCUUGUUGUACCACCUGUAUUGAAUUCAUUCAUUUUGGUUAAGACCAUUCAAGAAAUAUUUUUUGUCACUCAAAACACAGCAAUGCGUCUCCGAAAUAUGAUGUGUACAUUUAUUUUUAUAGUUCAGAAUGUUUAUUUACAAAAAAUGAAAAGAUGUACCAAUGUUCAGCAUAGAGCAUAUGAAAUGCAAUAUGGUGUCAGAAUAUCUUAUAGAAUAAAAAAAUAUGUAACUUUAAAAUUAAACUAGAUCUGACCACUUGCAAGAAAACGUGUGUAAGAUGGGGGUAUUUUGGGUUUAAGGUGUUACAUGUACAUUAUUUUUAUGUUGGCUUUGUGAUUAAGGUCAAAUAUCAGAGAGAAUUUCUUAAGGAAGGUGAUACAACAAGAAUUGCACUUAUACAUGAUAAAUAUCGAGACAUAACCAUAAUAUGAAAACCUCUUUGUUUCUAUGUAUACAGAGUAUUAAAGAAUUGGAGAGAAAAGUAUUUCUACACAAUGGAUAGUCUCAUGGACGCUGAAUGUUUUUGCAUAAUAUUUAUUCUUUAUAAAAUUUGCUUUUCACAAAUGGCUUAAUUCUGUUAAUUUGUAAAAAAAACAAAAAAAUUGAAAGCAGUUUGCAGUACUAAUAGUGCUACAUUUUUGUAUUUUAUAUUGAGUAGAGACUGUGUCCUCAAUUUUCAUGCUUGUUUGUUCCAUGGCAAAAAUUUGAUUGAAUGGCCAUUUUUUUAAUCAUUACAAUGUAAUGAUAUUGUACAGAUUAUAUUUGAAAACAAAUUUAUUUAUAGUUAAUAUAUAAUAUAUUCCUGUGCGAAGAUAUCAGAUCAGGACUGUCCUGCCAGGGAACAGUUAUCAGUAUUAGAAUUUAUUUUCAGAGCUCAGCUUAUGUGUGCCUUGGUUUGCUUUGGGUAUUAUUUAAUAAUUUUUUCUUUUCAUUUUCUAACAAAUUUUGUAGGAAGAAGUUCUUAUUUUUUAGCCUCAUAAAGAUUAAAAGAUAAAAAUAAAUGGGGGUUACUGUUCAUAACUAAAUUUAAAUUUAAAACAUUGUUUAAUGUUCAACCAUAGGUAAGGAAAGAUAUAACCAAAAUAUUUCUUUCAAAUCUUCUUUUUCCCUAGCCUGAAAUUGUUCAAAAGUUAAGUUUAAGCGGAAUAGGUUGAAAAUGCAGAUUACUUACCCCUUAUCUCGUCAGCUUUUAAAUUUGUAUAUUUUAUUACUUCUUUUUAAGGCUACAAUUAAGUACAUAAUAAAUGGCUCCAGUUAUCAUUAGAUACUAAUUUUAUGUUGUGUGACUGCUAUGAUUGACAUUUAUUCAAAAGCAAUCAUAUAACACUUUUUUUCAUUGGCUACUGUUUACCAUGAAAUCAACAAUUGAUAUCUUGUAGUAAAGGAGUGAGCUGCCAUAUUGAAUUCCUGAAACUAAACAUAAUCAAUUAUUAUGAUGUAAAUGAAAGUGAAACAUUGCCUACCUCAAAAACAUAGUUUUAAUGAAAUAUCCAAAAUUGAAGCAUACGCAUAAUAAAAUAAUGCAAGCCUGAAAGGUCUUAUUCUUAUAAUGCCAUGUUUUGUCUCAAUAUUAAUUCAUUCAAAUUUAUCACAAAAUUUUGCUGAAGCUUUUUAUUUGUUAUUUUGUACCGUUUUCAAAACUUAGUGGAAUAAUUUCUAUAAUAAUACAUUAGAAUAGGAAUAACAGUACACUGUUUUAAGAGUUGCCAUCCAUCAAUUUGGGAUUUGAAAGUUGUAAAUAAUUAAGACCAGUUUGGUACAAAACAAGCACUUUUUGAUUGUGAUUUCAAAUGUGUUCUUUCAUGGCGGUAAAAAAAUACAGCAAAAUAUCUUAUUCCCUGCCCAUGUGUAUAAGCUUGAAAUUUGUACCCUGAUAAAAUACUUAAUAAGUAAUGGAAAAAAAGAUAUUUUAUUGUUUUAUUAUUUUUCCUGUAAUGCUUAUGUUUACAAUAGUUGUAAUGUUAAUUACAUAGAAAAGUUCUUAUUCAUGAAUUUUCUGUUUUACAUAAUUUUAUUUAAAUUGUAUAUGGCAGAGGCGAAGGAUGCUGCAUUUCUAGUAGAAUAGUAUGUUUGUCAAAUUCCAAAUUAGGAAUCAAACAUGGUGAAGUGAUUUACUUAAGGUGCAGCAGGAUAACCACAAGUUAAUUUUACAUUCACUUUUCUUCUAAUAAUUUAAGUCAUAGUAAAACUUUGCAAAGUAUACCGGUAAAAUAUCAGUGCAAUAUUCUAUUUUUAGCAUAAUCAGUUAGUCUAGAUUUCAAUAUUAUCAGUCAUUGACAUGUCAAUCAAAAACAUAUACAUACAUUAGUAUAAUACCGUUUAACAGUUUGUUUUCAUGGAGUUUGAAUUUCUCAAUUUCCAAUGCAGAACUAGUUUGCAAGGUUUUAUUUUCAUGUUUUUCUCAAUCUGUCUAUGAUUUUCCCAUAAAACAAAAUUACUAGGAGAUAUAUAUAUUGCGAAACUAGCAUGAAAUCUUUCAUUGAGAUGAAUCAUGUAGAAUCCUUGGAAGAUUGUUCUGAAAAUCAAAUCUCAAUCCUUUAUAUAAUUUGUUUUCCAGAAUCUGAUGAAUUAUGGGUAAUUUCAUUGUUCAUACACUAAAAUAUAAUGAUGCUACUGUAGAUCCAUUUAUUUUCGUGGGUUUAGGAAAAUAUUUAUUUGUGGAUAUUUAGAUGCAUGUUUUUUUUUUUAAAUUCUGCAUACAACUUACAAGCAUAGGUAAAGAAAAAAUAUACUUUUUUAAAUUUGAGGUUCAAUAUGCCCAUGAAAAUCAUGAAAAUUGGUUACCCACAAAUGAUAAUGAAUCCACAGUAUGCCAUUGGUGGGCAAUUCAUUGUUUAAGAUGAAGUUAGCAAAAUAUAACAUUUGGUGUAUGCUUUUGUAAAUAUUACCGAAAUGCACUGCACAAGAUUGCACUUCAAAUGAGUUCAGCACUAAUUGAUUCAGAAAAAUUAAGUUGAGAUAUAUAGAUUUGUUAUGGGGCAUCAAAUUAAUUUAAAGUUCUUUUAUUGUUACUAACAAUUUUGAUGUCUUAAUGGUAUAAAAAUAGGAUCUUGGAUUGUUAUCUAGUUAUUAUGAAUCAAGAUAUAACAUUGCGUUAGGGUGAUGGUUAUAGUUAGUUAAGGUUACAGGUCCAUAAUCAAAAUGGCAAACACAUAUUUAUAAAUUUUGAAAUAAAAAAUCAAUCAAUUGAGAAAUUUUAUAUAAAUUUAUUGUUCCUGAAAAGGAAAUACUGUUAAAACCUGUAAAAAUCUUCCAAAGAAAACCAAACAAUUAUUGUUACUGAAUUUUCCUGAGGUUAAUGAAUAUUCGUGAGGUCAGUUAUUGUUUGACAACUACCUUAACAUGAAUUUGAUUACUGAUUAUUUUUAUGCCCAAACUGUAACCAUUGUUAAUAAUUGCUGUGAUUAUAGGUAAUUCAUUCCUUUAUAUGAUCAGAUAUUCCAAAGAAGUUUAUUAUUAUUUUUAGUGGAAAGUGACAUGUUGUCUGUAUAAUGAUACAAGUAAAAACCCAAUAUCCUGUCAAUAGUCAAAUUAUAUGGUUAAAGUCAAUGAAAAUUCACAGGGAAAGAAAAAAAAAGGUUUAUUAGGAUAUUAAAAGACAAAGUAAAGUUUUGAUUUUGGAAGCAUUAUUGAAAUUUUUCCUUAGAGAAAAUUUAAUGGAAAAUAAGGCUGUAAUAUUACGUUGACACCCUAGGACUCAGUUUUUCAUAAUAAAACUGCUUUAAUGCUGUAAUAAAAUCAAAUCUUAUUUCCUUUACAAUAAGUUCAAAUUUGAGUUUAAAGGAGAGCAAGUCAAUAUUUUUUGUGAGGAGAACAUCAAGAAUGUCAAUUUUUGAAAUGUUAUUUUAUUCAUAAAUUCAUCAUAUUAUCUGUUAUAAAUAAAAAGUCCAAAAUUCAUACUACUGACAACAUAGAGUUAUUUGGUGUGGCCUAAUAAGAAUUUUUAUAUAUUGUUAUUGUUUUAAAUAUACACAGCUUUAAAUACAUGUAUACCAAUUUAUAUUAUUAUAUUUGUUUAUCACAACACUUAACAAUCAUUUGAACCAUUUAAUAUAUAUUAUCAAAUAAGUUUUUACUGUGACAGUUUAGUGGAAAUGUUUUUGAAUACACCUUAUCGCUAUUCCCGACUGACCCGAGAAUCUGUCCCGCUUGAACUAUUGACGUCAUACAUCAAUCACUUUUUUAUUGUGGCGUCAGAUAUUUUAUAUUAUGACGUCAAAAUUUUACGGGAACCUGUGUGAUGUCCAGUAAUGGCGGACAAAUAGCGAUAAGGUGUAUUUCACUCAAACUAUAGAUAGGUUUUGAUAUGAUGUAAAUUGAGUUUGAGUUAUCUCCCUUGGCUGUGAUUUUGGAGAGAUGAAUGGUUGAUUUUCUUCUUUGACUAACUAAAUUACAACACGACAUUCGAACAAGUUUGAUAAAAGAUCCUUACUAGAUCAUAGUGAUGAAUUAAGAAAGGCUUCAAGAAAUUAAAAUUGUUCAGAAAACAACUUUUUCUACUGUCAAGCAAUCAAUAUAACAAGAUGAAUUUGGCAGAUUUAUGAAGGAAUUUAUGCAUGUAUACCUCAAACAUGGUGACAAUUGGGAAGUAACUCUUCCUCAAAUUGUAUCAAUCGAAACCUACCAAUACAAAGAUGGUGUUCAGUAGGGUAGAAAUAUAUAAGAUGCACAAUGUAUUUUAUUUAUAUUUAAAGAUCUUACUUCAAUUGUAUAAAUUUUUGAGAGAUUGUUAAUGAUACAAUGUGUGUACAAAUAGGAAUAUAUCAAAUAUUAUAUUGUUAGGGGUAUAUAUUUCUGAUAAAAGGGGGAAAUAUUGGGUAUAUAUUUAUGAUAAAAGGGAGAAAAAUUUUGUAAUCAUUAUUCAAGAUUUAUACAAUAUGUAAAAUCCAAUCAUCCUGACAUGAAUUUCUUAGAAAUGUAUAAUUAGUUCCAAAAUUUUGUCUCUUUGAAAUGGGAAAAUGUUAGGAAAAAAUAUAUAGACGGGUUUAGUUUGGGAGAAAUUUGUCAAUGAUGGUAUAAGUAUAUACUUUGUCUCAUUGUUAUUUGUAUAUUGUUAUGUUAAGAUGUGCAAUAUGUAUAUAUAUAUAUAUCAAUGUCUAUAUGUUUAUGUACAAAUAUGUAUUGAUAUGACCACUCUUAUAGAGAGAUUUUGUUUUAAAACAUUUUAUAUACAGUAUAUCGCUAUUUUUUUCAUGUGCAUUAACAUUUGCUGCAUCCAUGGUUAGCUUAGUUGAACAAAACUCUGAUCUAACAAAAAAAUUCGGUUUCAUUUAAGAUACCUUGGGCAAGACUAAGAUAUGAAUAUUAAACCUUUGCAAUUAUUUUACUGACCAUAUUUCCUUCUAAAUCACAAAAAGAGCUGACACCAAUAAUAUUCAAUUCAUGGUAUUGUACAAGAAAAGUAUAAACAUUUGUCAAUCUAUUUGUAUGUAAAGGGAUUUGACAUAUACUGUAAAUUUAUAAAUUAAAGCAUGCAUUUAUAAUUGUGAAUCCUUGACCACUGGCAAAAAAAGAAGAAUCUAAUCGAUACAAGAUCAAAAAUUUAAUGAAGGAAAAUCACUACUGACAUUAAGAAUGCAAGUUUUUAUUAUUGCGAACUUGAUACAGUCACAUUUUAUGUAUGAUUAAAAAAUUCAAUAAUUUCUGAAUUUACAGUAGUUUUGGAAGUUUGCAUAGGAUCUGUCCACAUUAAAAUUAAUUGCCAUGCAAGUUUAUGGAAUGUGAUUAUUGAAUUCUCUCAAAGAAACACAAUAGGAUGUUAAUUGUAUAUUACCUGUAAAUCUUUCUUGUACAGUUUGUUGUGUGAUCUGUAUGUAAAUUAGAAGUCAUUCAAUUUAGCAAGACCAGAUUUUUUGGGUGUAGUUUUUUCACUGAUUUCUGGAUGCGAAAGAGAUGAUAUCAAAUAAAUAUUUAUGGUUGAAUUAUAAAUAAAUACAAUAAAAGAACGGAUUUCUGCAGUUCCUCUUUGAAGACAUAUUAAUUAUAUGGUAAACAAUUAGUCAUUUUAUAAUCUAAAAGGGUAAAUUCAUUGUUUAACACUAAAAUAAAAAGAAGAUUUGUCUAUUGGUUAGGUAUUAAUUGUAAAGCUUGUCGCUAGCAAGGAACACAGUUUUGCUGUACAAUUUUUCAAAGAUGACCCAGAAUGCAUUUAAUUCUGAAUUGGUGAGUUAGAUUAUUUUCUCAUGCCAUUUUAAGUCUUUUCCUACUAGGGCAGAUUUUGGGUUUUACUACCCGUAGAUUUAGAAUUGAUCUUUGUUAACCAAUUUAGAAAAUAUGCAAUUUACGACAAAAUUGAAUAAUCUCUGAUUUGCACCUUUGGGUGAAUGUAUAGGUUUAUGUAUUCUAUUGAAUAUCUUAUAUAGCAGAUUUAUUAAACUUAUGUACAGGAUGAACAUGUAUAUAUUGUUUCAUAUACAGGAAUUAAAUUGUAAAUACAUGAACACAAUCUAUAUGUUUAAGUAUUGAAUAUGUAAACCUGUCGAAGGAUGAAUAUGCAAAUUAAUAUUUCCUGAACUAGACCUGACGGCACUAAAACCUGUCUAUAAAUGUAGAUUUAAAGAAUAAAACUAAAAUGAAUGAUGUAGACUAAACUUCAUAACACUAUAUUUUGAAAAUUCUAAUUUAACAUAAACUAAAACUUACUAUACUUAAUUUUGUCUUAAAAUUUACUGUUUAAAACUUGCAUGGAGUAACUAUGAAGAUAUCAGAACUUAAGAGGACUGACUUAAGAGUUUGACUAAGACUUGACCCGACUUCACUCAACCUAUGACUGUCUUAAAAUGUCAUGCUCUUUAAGAAUGACAAACAAAAAUCAAAUUAUUUCCCUUUGUUAUAGAAUUUGACAGUCAACCUGUCAAAAUAAGUAUAGAGAAUUUCGAUUUAAACUAUUACAGAAAAAUUUUAACUAUUAUUUGUCAUGAUAGUCUGUUUUCAGUUUCCAAAUAGAGACAAAGUUCUGUAAAUGGUUUAAAUAGUAAUUCAGAUAUGGUAAAAUAUUUUAUUUUAAUUUUUUCAUCAGGCUUUACAAAUAGAAAGGACUUGAUUCAUUAAAGGUGUUUAUAGAAAAUUUUAUGUGUUUCAUUUCUUCCUUUUAGAAAUACUAAAAUAAAAAUGAUUUUGUUAAAAUAAAAUUUUCAAAUUUGAAUUAAGCUGCAGAAAUUUUUAAUGUACUGUUAAUUCAUAAAUUUUUGUAAUGUUUUUAUUAUUGAAAAAUUAUAUCAGAAUAUGUAAUGCAAAAUAAUCACAAUAAUAAAUCUCACAUUUUUUUCCAUUCCUCAAAAAUUGCAAUAAUAGGUGAACAGAAACAUUUCUGAGUUUACAAAUAUACUUCUGGCAGGAAUAUAUUUGGUUCCCCUGUCUUAUUUCAUAAGCCAAACCUGUGUUUAUCAAUUGUCUUGAAACUGAUUAAUUUAUAAAUUUGUGCCAUUGAAAACAGGCAGGAUUUUAGUUGUUAGUCAAAGUUUAGAGUUAAGUUAUCAAAAAGUAGCUUUCUCUUGGUAUCUUCGGCCUCUUUUGUUUUUUUGACACUAAUCUUUUUACACAUGGCUUUGUGAUAGAAAUUAACCAUUGCACCAUUGUAAACAACUAUUUGUAUUUAUCAUCUUUAUGAAUAAUUUAUACAGCUGCCAUACACAUGUGCUAUCAAAUAAAUAUAAUAAUAAUUCUA